UGCCCCGAUGAACGAUUUGGACUUUUCUGCCGAGAGAAAUGUUUCUGCUCAAAUAAUGCAACAUGUCAUGCAAUCACUGGAAACUGUACUUGCCUUCCAGGAUGGAUCGGCCCGCGUUGUAAUCUACCUUGUCCAAUUGGACAUUAUGGUCGACACUGUGCAGAAGUAUGCAGCUGUAGCAGUAAUGGUCUUUGCGAUCAUAUCACUGGUGAAUGCAGAUGCAAUGAAGGUUGGACAGGUCCUCGAUGCGAAAAGCCAUGCUCCGCUUCCAUUGCAAGAUCAUUUGGCUUGUCAUGCAGAUCCAUUUGUAACUGUGCCAAUAAUGCAAGCUGCGAUUCUAUCUCUGGUUAUUGCCAAUGUGAUUCCAUUCUUGGCUAUACUGGUGAAUUUUGCGAGCAACCAUGUAAAGAAGGACAUUGGGGACCAAAUUGUAAUUCUACCUGUUUCGAUUGCAGACAUGGAUCUCAUUGUGAUCGAUUUACUGGUCGAUGUAUCUGCACUCCAGGCUACAUUGGGCCUAAAUGUGAGCAACGUUGCCCACGCGGUCGUUGGGGACUUGACUGCUCGCAGAAAUGCAACUGUCAAAAUGAUGGCCAAUGUAAUCACAUUGAUGGCAAAUGUAUCUGUCUGCCAGGCCAAGUAGGUGGUCAAUGUGAACGCUCAUGUGGUGAGGACCGAUUUGGCAUCGAUUGCUUUUCACAAUGUCAAUGUGAACCAGCUCUUGGCGAUCACUGUGAUAUUGCUACUGGCCGUUGUCGAUGUCGAGCAGGUUUUACUGGAGAAAAAUGUGAUCAGCCUUGUUCUAAUGAUAAAUUUGGGCCCAAUUGCCAAUACGAUUGUCGAUGUAAAUUUGGUGUUUGUAAUAAGGAAACAGGCGCUUGCGAUUGCCAGUAUGGAUGGUAUGGACCAACAUGU